GUCCUUAGAAAGAGCUAUAAAUAAAGUGCGGGAUUACGGCUUUCUCGGUUCUCCAAUCGGUUCUCCAAUCCCGCUAGGGUUUCCGUCUGCAGCUUGUUCGUAUCCGCCCCGACCUCCCGCAGCGAAAAUGCCGUCGCACAAGACCUUCAUGAUCAAGAAGAAGCUAGCCAAGAAGAUGAGGCAGAACCGACCCAUUCCCCACUGGAUCCGUAUGCGGACCGACAACACAAUCAGAUACAACGCAAAGCGCAGGCAUUGGCGCCGCACCAAGCUCGGGUUCUAAGGUGGAUGAGCCUGGCCUAUUUUUAGCUUUCUUUUUAGCAUUUUAGUUUACUUUGAUAAGACUUCAAAAAGAACAUUUUUGGAUUCAUCGGUUGCAUAACUCAGUACAAGAAA